AUGGAAGGUGAGUGCCCAUCAACCUCAGAAGUUCACUCAGAAGUGCGGCUUCUGCAACUUGGACGCAACCUAGACAGAUGGAAGCAAAGGCUUUCGGCUGAUCUUGAAGGUGCUUGCCUCCAGUUUGCUGCCCUGCAGGUUGGCGACAGACUGUUGCAGGGGUCGGAGGAGUUCGGCCUGCACCCGGACAGCAUGGAAUGGCUCUCCUCCACGAAGAUGAUGAUCCGCAACGUCCCUGCACGCUGCACAGAGCUGGAACUUCGCGUCUAUCUCAGCACCCAAACGACCCACGACUUUGUCCUGGAGAUGCCCAAGACAAGCCCAGCAAAGUGCAAGGGCUACGCUUUUGUGCAGAUGGAUGACUCAGUCGCCCUUGCUGCCUUGGCAAAAGCCUUGUGGCAGCAGACUGUUCCCACCAGGAAGAGUGCUCGCGCAUUCAAGAUCCACCCCGCGGAGUCUGCAGAGAAGCUUCCUCUGAGCCUGGAGCCCUUUAGCUUCUUCGUCUAG